UUCCGAUCGAGAUUGAAUCCUUCGACAAGGAGCGGGGAAGGGACGAUGGAGUCGCGCAUGCAGGAGCUCAUGAGCUCGUACUAUGACUUGUCGGACAAGGACGAGACCGUGAGUCAAAGCAAGAACAUCAAUGCCCCUGGUUUUCUCGUUGACGAAUACGUCAAGGAUAUGUUAGAGAACAUGGGAAUGGACGAGCUCCUUCGACGAGAUGACCAAAUGAUCAAGGAAAUCAAGGAAUUGGACACGAACAUGCAGAUGCUCGUGUACGAGAACUACAACAAGUUCAUCAGCGCCACGGACACCAUUCGAAAGAUGAAGACCAACGUCGAAAGCAUGGAAUCCGAGGUGAAGAAGGUUGUCGACAGUAUGGACAAAAUCACAGUCCAGAGCGAAAACGUGAGCAAUGCGCUGGCGCCGUAUCGGUCCAAAGUCGAGAAGCUUGUCGGCGUUCGUCGAUUGCUCAAGCGCCUAGAGUUUAUCUUCCAACUCCCCCAGCGUCUCAAGCACGCGAUGAAGAACCAAGAGUACGAGAAAGCGACCAAGUACUUUGUCGUGGCAAACCGCAUCCUCAAACGAUACCAGCACAUUGCGUCGUUCAAGACAAUUCAACUUGAGGCCGAGCACAUCAUGUUUGGUCUGCGAACAAUAGUACAAAAGAAAUUCGACGACGACACCACUACAGCGCCGCAAGUCCAAGAAUACUCGGCUCUGCUCCUCGACUUAAACGUGUCUGUGGCAGAAGUGCGCCAGCGUUUUCUCAAUUGGUAUCAGCACCACUUUGACCAGCUCGUGGCCAAGUUUCAAGACAACCAGCCAAGCGACACGGCUAAAUAUUUCAACGACAUCAAUGACGCGUUUUUGCCUGCAUUUGCCGCGAGCGGGACGGCGUUCCAUGCCGUGUUUGGGGAUACAGACGUCACGACCACCGAGGCAUUUACAACCAUGGCGAUUAUUUGGUUUGAAGGAUAUGCUUCGCUCUGUGGCGUGCAACUCCAGCGCAACUUGAGCGACUUGACCUCGGGGGGAAGCGAAGUCGGGUCGGGCGGGUAUGGUAUCCUGAUGCUCAUGCUCAAGUCCGUUAUUGAUGGGAUACACAACUUGAACGCCCCAUUGCUUCCGAUGAAAGAAGUCGUCGCAAGGGCAUCGCAACUGGUCGAAGCGUCGAUUCGCUACCAAGUGGACGCCGCAUUUGCCCUGCUGAAGGCUGACUUUGUCGAGAAACUGGCAGCGUUCCACGACACCGUUCAAGGAUCCCCGCGCAACAUGCCAGGCCUUGCGACCAAGCUCUGCGGUAUCUACGUCGAUCGCAUCGAGCAGAGUCUCCAACGCAUGCAGCCGCUCAUCUCAACUGCGGCCCACGUCUUACCCGAAAUGAGCCGCGCACUGUCAGAUCUUGUCCAAAACCGGUUUAAAGCUUUCCUCGACUGGUUUACUAGCAUGAUCUUGCGCUUCAUCGACCCGUCCGAACCAAAGCCGAAUGAAGUUGCCAUGCCAGCCGUCGCCGUGACCGCGCCGUUCUUACUGCUUCUAGCAUGCGUGUGCCGUGAUUUUAGCACCACGGUGAUCCCGCGAUGCAUCCAAGUGAUGGUGGAGUGCCUCCCAAAUUUCAACCCGUUGGAUCCGGCGUCGAGUCUUCGGUCGGCUGGAGCCACCGUCGACGUUACCAACAUGACCAAACUCGCCAAGGAAAGCGGCCAUCUUUUUCUUCAUCACUAUACCAUGCUGCAAGGCGCGCGCCUGACUACCCUCCUUCGCACGUCGAUCAUGUCGCCCAACUGGCUUGACGCAAAGGAGCCGCGAACGGUGCGAAACGAGAUCGAUGCAGUCGUCGAUGAAUGGGUGCGUGUGGUGAACAGCACUGCCGAGGUAAGGUCUUCAAGUCUCCCUGCCAAUUGCAUGCACGGUUUUUUAUCGAAUGAAGGCUUUCGGAGAUGCCGUACCUGGUCCGAGCCGCACAAAUAGCAGUAGCAGCGGUGUGCGCGACCUACGGCGGUCCAAGCAGCCCCGGACCAUGGGCAGUGGCAAACAGGCCACGAGCUCCGGCCACAUGUACAUGGACGUCGCCCGGUUGUUUGCCAAGAAGAUCCACAUUUACCACGGCCCCGACGUGGACUUCACCAUCGACAGCGCCCUGUCGUGCAUUUUCAAGAUGGCAUGCAAAGCGUAUGGCGAGUACGUGCGCAUGGUGACGUUCAACAAGACAGGCGUCCAGCAGAUGCAAAUUGACGCCGAGUGGCUCAAACUCACGGCGGCGCUGUACCUGACUUCCGAAUCGAGUGUCAACGAGGUCGAAAGCCUGCUCUGUGAUGUCGUCACCAACAGCAUGGAGCGAGCCGUCGAGUACUCUCUCCUCGAAGAAAGUGUUCUCGUUGCGAUUGUCAGCACGAAAAAGGGAACGAUGAAAAUGUAAAAACUCGACAAACUUUCCAAUGAAGAUAGAAUUCCCGAA